CUUCCCUCCAAAUCCCUUUCAAUUCGAAUCUAUAUAGCUUGCGAUGUUGAAGACUCUGCGGGCCCGAGAGCCACAAUUUGAAAACCGGUGUUUGAGGCAAUUCUUUCGUUGCGCCCGCUCGUUACUAUGGCAGCCGGCCGUAGUACUCCAGCAGCGUAGAACGAGCCAUUGAGUGCGCCGUCCCCGCAUCGAUUGCGGCGGGCGACUGGGCCUUACGUUGCUUCACUUGUGCUCGGUGUGUGCUGGAAGCGAGUGAACGCCUGUUCUGGUCCAGCUGCCUCCAAACAGAUCCUGGGAGGCCAUGGGUGCACCAUGAGGGGCUGCGGACAUCUGCGCUGGUGCUGGAGCUCGCUGCUCUUGCCCGCAGUGUGGAGUGUGGCACUGGAUCUGCAGGGACCUGUAUUCAUACAAGAGCCUCCCCAUCGGGUUGAGUUUUCUAACAGUUCAGGAGGCCGUGUAGAUUGCUCUGCACACGGCAGUCCGCAGCCUGAGCUGGGAUGGAGUUUGGGGGAUGGUACUCCUGUUGUACAGAUCCCAGACCUCCGCCUAGUGCACCCCAACGGUUCCCUGGUGUUCCCACCCUUUCCAGCAGUGCAUUACCGCCAUGACAUCCAUACAGCUCUGUACCGGUGCAAGGCAUGGAACCAGAUGGGACAGAUUGUCAGCCGUGAUGUCCAUGUGCGGGCAGUGGUCAAGCAGAAGUAUGAAGUGCAGGUGUAUGAUGAGUAUGUCAUCAGUGGCAACACAGCUGUACUGCGAUGUCAGGUCCCCAGCUAUGUUGCAGAGUACGUGAUGGUCACCUCUUGGAUCCAGGAUAGCUCUGUUAACAUCUACCCCAACACAGACACAGGUGGGAAGUACGCUGUGCUGACUAGUGGCGAUCUCUACAUACACAACGCUGGACCAAGCGACGGUUACAAGAGCUAUGCUUGUAGGACAGUGCAUCGGCUGACAGGGGAAGUACACUCCAGCACAUACCCAGGCCGCAUCAUUAUUACAGAGCCAAAAGGAAGUGUUCAGCCAAGAAUAACAGUGGAAAAACACGUGACUAGGCAAGUGAAGGCUGGGGAUGACAUCACACUACCCUGUGUCGCACAGGGCUUUCCUGUUCCGACUUACAGAUGGUUCCGGGAAGACAGAGAGCAACUGUCACCCAUCAGUGGGGGGGAGAGGGUGUCAGUACUGGCUGCUGGACUUCUGCGCAUCAGCAAGGUACGACUAGAGGACAUGGGGAAGUAUCUCUGCUGGGUCAACAACUCUGCAGGUGAAGAGACAGUACAGGUCACUCUCACAGUAACAGCACCUUUAUCAGCUCACGUGCAACCACAGACACAGGUUGUAGAUGUGGGAAAAGAAGCAGUGUUCCAGUGUAUCAUUGGGGGACAUCCCAUUGCCCGUGUUUCAUGGUAUCGCAACGCAAAACCUAUCGUACGUGACAGCCGGUUUGAAAUGACCACGUCUCCUGAGAAACUCACAGUUCGACCACUACAGAAAGAGGACCAUGGGAUGUACCAGUGUUUCGUAAGCAACGAAUGGGAGAUGACACAGGCCACAGCUGAACUACAACUUGGAGAUGCAAGUCCAGAACUGCUGUACUGGUUUACGGAGCAAACUGUGCAGCCAGGCCCUGCCAUAUCACUGAAGUGUGUUGCUAGUGGCAACCCCCCACCACAAUUUGUGUGGACCUUAGAUGGUUUUCCUGUACCUGACAAUACUAGGUUCCUUGUGGGUCAGUAUGUGACAAUACAUGACGAUGUUAUUAGCCAUGUGAAUAUCUCGAACCUAAAAGAAGAGGAUGGUGGGGAAUACACGUGUACCGCUCGCAACUCUGUGUCACAGGUCUCACACAGUGCUCGCAUUAAUGUUUAUGGUUUGCCAUACAUUCGUGUGAUGCCAAAGAUCACUGCAGUGGCUGGGAGUGACCUGGUGAUAAAGUGUCCAGUGGCAGGCUAUCCCAUUGAGUCCAUCGCAUGGGAAAGAGAUGGCACAGUGCUGCCAACGAAUCGUCGACAGCGAGUUUACUCCAAUGGAACUUUAGUUAUAGAACAUGCUCAACGCCAGGCAGAUGCAGGGACAUACACGUGCCAAGCACAGAAUCGGCAGAAGCACACUGCGCGCAGAGAUGUUGAAGUCCAAGUGAUAGUACCUCCCAAAAUCCUUCCAAUCCAAGCGAUGACGAACUUGCUGCGUGAGGGCAUGCGAGCUGUAAUCUCAUGCCACAUCCUGGAAGGUGAUCUUCCUGUCACAUUUCGUUGGGAAAGAAAUGGACAGCCACUAAAUGAACAGAGCUUGGGAGCUUCAACUCGUCGCCUGGACGAGUACUCAACAUCACUGAUCAUUGAGCGAAUUACGUCAAGUCACAGUGGCAACUACACGUGUGUGGCUCAGAAUGUGGCUGGGCUGGAGAGCUUCACUGUGCCUCUUACUGUCAAUGUUCCUCCACGCUGGACAGUGGAACCCGCAGAUGCCAAUGUAGCAUCAGGCCAAGAUGUGAUGCUGCACUGCCAAGCUGAUGGCUAUCCUGUGCCCAGUAUCACCUGGAGGAAAGCUGUUGGUACACACCCAGGAGAAUAUAAAGAGUUCCUGUAUGAGCCAAAUGUAAAUUUUUACCGCAAUGGGUCAUUAGAAUUUCUGCAUAUCAGUAAAGACAGUGAAGGCUAUUAUCUCUGUGAAGCCAAGAAUGAAGUUGGAACAGGGGUUAGCAAAGUCAUCUUCCUUAAGGUCAAUGCCCCCGCAUACUUCCCCCAGAAAGUGAAGCAAAUGCAAGUACAGAAAGGGGAGCAGGCACAUGUGCAGUGCACAGCCCUGGGGGACACACCUAUCGAGAUCAUGUGGAAGGUUGGGGGAAAGCGAAUAGGCGGGGACGUGGACCAGAGGUACACAAUCCGGGAGCAGCUGCUGGAUGAUGGGAUGGUGUCAGAACUGGCGAUAUCACGCACAUAUCGGCAUGAUACUGGGGUUCUUUCCUGUUAUGCCAGCAAUGCUUAUGGGCAGGACGAGAUGGUUAUUCAGCUAAUUGUUCAGGAGGUUCCAGAAAUGCCAAAAAAUAUCCGUGUAAAUGAUCAGCAGAGCCGCUCACUUCAGCUGUCAUGGACACAGCCUUAUGCUGGCAACAGUGCCAUCACAAACUAUAUCAUUCAGUAUAAAUUAGUAUCAGAUGUUUGGCAGGCCCAGCCACUGAAGCUGACAGUUCCAGGAACGCAGACCACAGCUACAGUGCAAAAUUUGAACCCUGCAUGUUCAUACCAUCUGCGCAUCAUGGCGGAGAACAGAUUGGGGCUGAGUGACCCCAGUGAGGUGAUUCAGGUCACAACUCAGGAGGAAGUUCCAAGUGGAGCACCAACAGAUAUUCGUGCAGAAGCAAGAAGUUCUACAGAACUGUUUGUGUCAUGGGAGCCCCCAGAGAGGGAAUUCUGGAAUGGGAACCUGCUUGGCUACUAUGUUGGGUACCAAGAGCAGUCAUCACUCACAACAGUAUCAUCGUCCCCUUCCACAACAACACACAACUAUAAUUUCAAGACUGUCGAAGUGGGGGCCCAAUAUGGGGGCGAGGUUUUACUCCAGGGCCUGGCUAAAUACACCACAUACUCCAUCAUGGUCCAAGCAUACAAUAGUCGUGGUGCUGGUCCAUCUUCAGAGCACAUCACUGCCCGCACUCAAGAGGAUGUGCCAAGUCUCCCACCCGAAAAUGUGCAGUGCUCCGCAUUGACGUCACAGAGCCUUCAGGUGUCAUGGGAGCCACCUCCACUUGAAGGCCGCAACGGAGUUGUCGUGGGUUACAAGGUGUCUCAUCAGCCCGCUGAAGAAUGGUAUGAAAAAGAUGAGCAAGAAACAAAAGUGACAACAUCCCUGAAAACCACGAUCCCAAGCCUACGAAAGUACACAAAUUACAGCAUAUCGGUGUUGGCUUUCACAUCUGUUGGGGAUGGUGUGAGGAGCCCCCCUACUGUUUGCUGCACUGAGGAGGAUGUGCCUUCAGCUCCUGCUGACAUCAAAGCUGUCAUCAGCUCCGCCAAUAUAAUCCUUGUUUCUUGGCUACCACCCCUGCAUCCAAACGGACAGAUCACCGCUCACACAUUCUACAUGGGCAUCAUCGAAGAUGGCAAGGAGGAUGGGACCCACAAGAGAAUUCUGGGCCCUCAAAGUGAGGUGUAUGAGACAUUGCGUCUCCAGGAAGGCGCCACAUACCAGUUCUGGGUCACAGCAUCCACGAAAGUUGGCGAGGGAGCAGGCACAAGGGUUGUCACUAUCACCUCUUCCAAUAAGGUACCUGCGAGAAUCGUCUCUUUCAGCAGAGAAAUUGUCACCCCUUGGAAGAAGGACAUAACUCUCCCCUGCAGAAAAGUUGGCAUCCCUGUCCCUCAGGCUGUAUGGCGUCUGCAGGACAGAAUAAUGGAGACCAAUGGAAGGAAACAGAUAAAUAAGGAUGGCUCCUUCUUGAUUAAGGACAUUCAACACAGUGAUGAAGGCAACUACUCAUGCACUGUUGAGAAUGUGCACGGGAGUGACGAGAUAGUGUACAGCAUCAGAGUACGAGUGCCUCCUGAUGCUCCCACACUGUCUGUUGUGGCUUCAUAUGUGGACAGCCUGCAGUUGCAGUGGACUAACAACCAUGAUGGGGGGAGUCCAGUCCUUGGGUAUGUUAUCAACUACAAGAGAGACCAUGGUGACUGGGAAGAAAUGCAGAUUGAAGCAAAAGCCAACUCACAUACGUUGCACAAUCUGUGGUGUGGCACACGUUAUCAGCUGUACAUCACAGCCUUCAACAAGAUUGGGACCGGGCUUCCUUGCGACAUCAUCAACACAUACACAAAGGGAACGGUGCCAGUGAAGCCAAAGCAGUCGCAGAUGAUCACUGUCAAUUCGACUGUACUUACAAUCUGGCUUGACUCCUGGGUGGAUGGUGGCUGUGCAAUACUAUACUUCAUCAUCGAGUACUGCAAUGCUCAACGUUCCACUGACUGGACACUUAUAUCCAACAAUGUUCAGCCAACAGAGAGAGUAUACAACAUUCUGGAUCUUGUUCCUGCUACAAAGUACCAACUUCGAGUUACUGCUCACAACAAUGCAGGCUCCACAGUGGCGGUCUACAACUUCACAACUCUCACGGCCGAAGGAGUGACUGUGAUCCCAGAACUCUCUCCACCGGUCUCGCACUCUCGAGAAGUGCCUUUCUAUGCCAACAUCAAGGUUAUUGUCCCAGUCAUCGUGUCACUGGGAUUCCUGCUCGGACUGCUGGGUGUUGCAGUGUUCAUACGCCGGAAAAAGUCACAAAGCCAGGAAGCUCACAUGGGAGAGUCACCGUCAGUGGCUCAGAUGCAAAACCAACAGAACAGGGAUCAGCAGUACCUGGCAGUGAGAGUUGGCAGUGGACAGCAGGCACUUAGCAUUGACUCUGCCAGCUACAAAACUGAUUCUGCAGACUACAUCGAGGACAUCUGUCCCUAUGCCACUUUCCAGCUGUCCAAACCCCCAUACAGUGAAAGCACGUAUAGUGGUAAUGUAUAUAGUGGACCAUAUCAUUCUGUUAGGGGGUCCUUCGUCUAUCAUGACCCCAAACCGGCCGGAGCUGAGAGCUACAAGUUUAGGCAGCAGAAAGAACCAGAGUACACUAAAGUUAGGAGAAAAGGAGGAAAACUGCGGGAUCCCCACUCUGAAAGCCAAGAGUCGGACAACCUGGGGAGCACUGAUUCGGAAGUUAAGAAGAUUUUAACUCUGCACCUGCCUAUUUCAGAGUACGAUACACUGGGCAGUGACUCUGAGGGAGAAAUCCCAGGAGGACAAGUGGCCGCUAGCCAGGAGCUGGUCUCUUUCAGGCACAGGAUGGCCCGAGAAGUGGGCAAGCCUGGGGUGGAGGAAUCUAGUUCAUCUUCUGAAACUUCCCCAUCAGACACGAGAAAACCGUACCCAUCCAGAAAAUCCAAGAACAAAGGACAGAUUAUGGGAAAGCGGCAAGUACGAAGUAGUAGUGGGUACUCUAGUCACACCGAAGAAAACACAUUCAGUUUCAGUGAUCGCAUUCAUCCUCCUUCAAGGUUUUCAGACUCACACGAAUUAAGUGAAGCAGAGUGUGACAUGAGCAAGUUGGGACGCAAGUCUGGGCGCAGCGGAGCCUCCACGAGGCUUAGCAGAGAAACUUCCUUCCAGAUCGAUGUCUAGCCAUGCAAUGCAGUGCCUUGCAAAGUGGAGGGGAUUGCUGCAACCACUGUCUGUGACUUAUUCUCUGGGUGAUGACCGCAUCAGAUCAGUUUCUGUCAAAAUAUUUUUGUGUAAUUUAUUUGAUAAAAAUUAUUAAUAAUCAUCACACAAAAUUUUGAAAUACAGAAUUUAAUUACAGAAAGAAGAAGAAUGAUUUACAGACAGAUUAAGAAUAAAAAGAAAUGAGCUCCAAGGAGUGCUGAAGGUGACGAACAUUCUCAGGACAUUUACCGAAUCAAUAUCAGCGUGCCUCAACAGGCAUUACGUGUAUUGCAACAUCAUCACUUCUCUUAACCACAACAGUAGAUGUGACACAUCUUAACAUACCGUUACCUGGCUUCCAUCCUGUUGUACACACUAACCAUCUCAACAUAGACCCUGUUUUAUUCACUGCCAAGCGAUAAUUCAUAGAAAAAUAUAAGUUAAUGUUGAAGAUUGAUCAGUUGCUUUAUCCUUGGUCAUGGUCUAACAUUCUAGUGUACUGCCCCUUUCUUCCAAUCAGCAUGCUUCUCAGUUUGAUGUCUGAGACUGCAUUUCUAUGUGAUUAGCUAUAUACAAUAACAAACGAGCCAUGAGACUUGUGAAAUCAGAUGUACCAUAUGUUUGUUGAUAUUUCAGUAAAAUUUUAAAUAUGAUGGUUGUUUGUAAUCAUUUAAUUUUUCCAAGAUGUAUUCUGCAUGUUAUUUUAUGCAGCAACAAAAAAAUAAACACUGAAUAAAGGUCAAUGAACACUGGACUUUAUUGAAUUAGUGUAUUGUGAUAUACAUGUUGCUUCCAGGCAGUGAGCUUCAUCCUCACCACAAUAUGAAACAUUAGUGAAUAUUAACAUCACAGCAUUCUGGGACAUGAUGCCAUAUAGUCUGGUAGAUAUAUACCAGUAUUUUGUAGGAAUUUUAUGCCUCCAUCUUCAUCUAUGAGAC